GGAAUAGUAGGUCUUGCGAUAUAGACGCAGACACCACUAUUGCUCAAGCUGCCUGUGAUAAAGAAUUCAUGACAAGUAUGUCACAAAGUGGAGGUAAUGGGGAGGAGACUGAGGAAGGAGCUUGGGGUCUCCCGCCUCGCUCGUAUGGGGAACCCUCAGGUGGGGUAGAAGAGUCUUUUGAAGAUUGUGUAACAAUUGGUACCAAGGCUAGUUUGCCUGAUUUAUGUGAUACUAGUAGUGGUGCACGCAGCAAAGUGCAUCUCAACUGUGGCUUACCAAAUGACGGUAGAAAAGAUUUGGAUUGUAAUGUUUUGUCUCCAGUGACAGGGGAAGGUAGCCAUGGGAAUACUUUUGAAAAAAGCAGUUCCGAGUCUCGAAGGGAUGCUAACCCCAAAGAUGUGGAAGAAAGUAUGGUGGAAGACCAGUCAUUUAGUUGUAGUGAAAAUAAUGAUGCCAGAGAAACAGUGCCUGUACAAAAUAAGAGAGUUGAAAGAUUUCCUGCAUCUGAUAGUAUUGAUGACAGUGUUAUGAAUUGUGAACUUCGUAAUGAAGAGUCAGACACUUGUAUGAAGGAAGAAGUUAAAUCUAAGCUAAGUGGUAACUGUAGCGUAGGAGAGGCAAAAAAUAUCGGUGAAUAUGUUGAUUUUGGUCAUAUAGACUCCUGUGAACCAGAAGGAGCAGCUGGUCCAUUGGAAGACUAUCUUGUUCAUGACAGCCAGCAAAUCUCUCUAGUGUCAUGUGGCAUAACCCAGUGUGAUCCAAGUUUUCAGCAGGAUGUUGAGAUGGAGGAUUUCUCAGAAGAUGAACAAGGCAUUAACUUAAUCAGGCACAAUCUUCACCACUCCAGUCACCCAAUGUUUAAUAAAUGGCCAUGCUAUUUCUACAUAACUCAAGAACAUCUUAGCAGCUUCUCCAUAGAUUCUCAUGGAAGGCAUAUUGGAUCUGAGGCGCCUGCUAUGUUUUUUCCUUCCCCAUCUGUAAGUCGGCCAGCUUCCCAGUUGACUGAAGAAGAGCAGGUGAAGAUUGCCAAACGCAUGGGGUUAAUAACACACCUACCUUGUGGAAUUUUCGAUGGCUCUAAGAAGAGUGGAGAAUGUGUUAUCUGCAUGAUAGACUUCACCGUUGGUGAUCGAGUGCGCUAUCUGCCAUGUAUGCAUACGUACCACACAGAGUGCAUUGAUGAUUGGUUAAUGCGCUCUUUUACCUGCCCAUCAUGCUUAGAACCUGUGGAUGCAGCUCUGCUUAAUACAUAUGGGACGACCUAGCCAUGUGCAGCUAUUAGGAAGGGUUUGCUCAGGAUUUUCUUUCAUUUGUUCCUGGCCAACAGGUGAUAUUGGUACACUGUUUUUAGAGGUUACUUAAUUGCACUAUAAAUGUGAUGGUUAUCUGUCACUUAUUUUGUAGGUGAUGCUUUUUGUUAAGUUAAGGUCAAUAUAAAUUGGUCAUUACCCAAUAAAAAUAAAUAUUUUUGUUCAUAGUGUACAGUCCUGGAAAACCUGUUACAAUUAAAGAUUCUUAGAUAUCAGCUAAUACAUUUAUUGUUCCUCUGUAGUUCCUGUUUAUGUUAAAUGUAUUAAGUUUGGUCACUUUUUAUGUAAUUCUUUUAAGAUAAAAAUAUAGUCCCUUGUUUUUGCAAAGACUGGCUUAGAAUCUUUCUUUGGCUUUAUAUUUUUUUUGUUAUGGCUAUGCAAAAAUAGAUUAGCAUGAUAUAUUCUUUUACAGUAUGCAUUAUUGAAGUUACUGAAAAUAUUAUUUCCAAAGGUUAGAAAGGUUCUGCAGGGUAACUAGGUAAUCUAUGAAAACUUCAAGACCUUAAAAAAAAUGCUUUACCUCUAUAAAAUUACAAAAAUUUCAUGACAAGAUUAUAGGAUUGGGGAUGUACUAUAAUUUCAAGAAUCCAAAUAAAUGAGAACCUGCUAGUUAAAGGAUUUUAAUUUUUUUUUUUUUU